UAUGAACACUGUGACCGGAAGUGGCUGUCAGUGAUGGAGCCUGCUGCCUGGGUGUUGGGAGCUCUGCUAGCUGUCUGUGGUCACUGGUGGGCUGAAGCUUCCUUAACUCUGGAGCAGGAGAUCCAAGAUAAAACUGCCGUGCGCUCCCAGUGCUGGAUGACAGAAGAGUUUACAGUAGCCUCAGACUGCUCCAUUUGUGAUCCAUUUCAGUUGAAAACUAAUUCUGAGUGCAGUGUCACUGGAUUUAUAGAGCAGGUAAAGUGCACUACGAUAGAGAAAACCGUGUACAAAAGCUGCCGUUCUGCUUUGAUGGAAAAGCUAGUCUUCUGGCGUUUUGUGGCCAGCAUGAUCGCAGCUGCCGUAAUCCUGACUAUUGUCGUUGUGUUCCGGCAACGAACCCUGGAUAGAAAUGCAUUGGAAAAGGUACGCAAACAAAUCGAGUCUAUUUAAUCCUAUACCUGCGUACACCAAGGGGAAAAGAUUACAUCCAGUAUUCUUUGGCUACAGGAAGAGGUAAUUGGAUUUGGCAUUGGGGGGACCCUACAUUUUUUGUUGUUGUGGACAAUGAAACCUUCAUUCUUUACCUGCCUCUUCCCCUGCACCUUGGAGUUGCUGCUUCCACAAGCUAUGACUUUGAUUUGAUCAAUUUUAUAUGAACCUCGUGGCACUUUUUCUCUUUUCCGUGGGAAUUUUGAAAACCACUUACUUGCGUUUCCUAUGUGGCUCCGUACUCUGUGGAAUAAAUCAGAUGACGUGGUUUUUGUUUCCCCUUGAAUUUAUUACAUACACCUCCUAGCCGGAUGGAUUGUAUUUUAUUGUUUGUUAAUAAAGUAAGACACACAAUAUACAUUGUUCCUGGCUUUUUAGGCUCGAAGGCUAGUCCUCAGUCUUUUUUUCCCUGAGUUUGCGUUCUCUCUUAACAGAGAGAUGUUGUGUGAAUGCAAUAUCUACACAAACCCCUUCCACUGAUCCCAUCACAAGUAUUCUAUUUAUGUUUUGUCAUGGACGUUGAUGGAUUUUAAUGCCUUUUGUGGAGACCUGGCAGUGUAUGGAUUGUCCCUAGAGGAACCCGUCUGGAUUCAAGGUGUUUGUGGACUGGUUAAUGAGUCCUGGCACAUUAAACUCACUUUUGUGGAUAUACUGAAGAUCUCAUUAAAUGUUUCACAGCAAUAUCUGGUGGCUGUUCCCUCUCCCACCCCAUCUCUCCUGUCAUCUUAUGCCACCAACCAAACCUUUCCUGAUUUCUUCAGUAUCGGUAAAGCUGUUAAUGUUUUUCCAGUUUACCAAAGCGACUAGUGGUAAAAAAAAA